UUUCAACGUCUUAUAAAAAAUCUAUCGAGACACGCUUAUUCUCAUAUAAAGUAGUAUAACAAGUUGAGGAUACUGAACAUGGUGAAUUUUUAGACAUUGCUAAGGAUUACCGUACGGCAAUUGGAAUUGAAAUAUUGGAUAUUUGUAACAUGGUUGUGUUUAUUUUAGCGAACAACCUAAUAGCUAACGCAAGUGAUAUCGAAAGCAAAGUAUUGUUCUUAACAAUGUCAGGUGAAUCAAACAGGCAUAUUGCCGAAAUCGAAGAUGAGAAUAAAAUGGAAACAAUUGAAUUGGCCAGAGUAUCCUACGCGAAUGCAUUUGACAUUGCUCGAACUGCUCUAUCCGGAUUGAAUCUAAUUCGACUGGAACUGGCAUUAAGUUAUUCUAUGUUUUACCAUGAUAUCAUGAAUGAUAUUGACCGUGCUAUAGAAAUUGCAAGCUCUGAGUUAUAUUGUGCAAUUGCGGAGGAGUUAGACGGUACCGAAUAUGUUACAAAUGAUGCAUUUUUUCAGCUUAUGAGAGUACUUAAAGACAAAAUAGAUUUAUGGACUGAAGAAAAUGACGUCGAUAGUCGAUAAUGAAAACAACUGACGGAAAGAACACAAUCAUAUUUAUAUUUAAUAAUCGGAUUAAUUGUACACUAAUUAUAUAAAGAAUUUUUGUCUAACACUGAAGAUUAUUUUAUGUAAAUUGAUAUAUAAAAAUCAUAUACAUUUACAUGUAUUGUUAUAACUACAACUGCAAUUCA